UCAUUUCAAUGCAAACAUUCUCAUAACAUAAAGAGAGCGGACGAGUUUGUUUGGUGUUUUUAGUUUAAAUUGCUGCGGAAAAAAUCAAGCGUUGACUGAAUACACAAACUGAAUGAAAGCCGGUCAUUACAUUUUUUGUUUAACCAAAAAUAUUAAAAAACCGAAGAAUUGUAGGUGUUGACAGUUUUAUGUGCUGUGAGAAGAAAAAACGGAAAGAAGAGCCAUAAUUAUUGUUGGGGUAUUUGUUUAGUAAUUCCGAUUUUCGUUUUUAUUUGUUCGACAAUUUAUGUUUAGUGUUAAUAAAAAAUAAUAAAGUGCAAGAAAACUAACAAGAAAUAUAUAUCAACGAAAUAGAAAAAAAGAAAAGCUUAUUUGUCGAUAAACCCCAAAAGAAAUAGUGGAGUGUGUCAUCGCGGUGCUGUUUGCAUUGCAUUUUUGUGAGUUAAUAAGAAAUUAUUGCUGUUGGCUGCUUCAUUUUGUGUUUGGAGUUCUGUCGGCAAGAAACAGUCAGUGCUAUAGCUGGUGUGGCCCCGUAUAUUUUGCCUUUCAUUUUAUCUGUGUGUUUGUGUGGAGCAUUUUAAGACGAAUUAAGCAGAAUUUACAAGAAAAAAGACCGCUACAAAGAAAAAAAGAAAUCCAUUGGUUGUGUUGCAUUAUUUACCGUUUUAACUUAAAAGAAGAAGCAAUUGUGCUUGACGUCUCUGCUUGGAAUAGCAGAAAUAAAGGAAAACUACAUAGAAACAGAAUUCAAUUGAUUUACAAAAAAAAAAAAAAAACUACUCGGAACUUCUACAACAUGUCAGAAACAAAAAGUUUUUCCAGCAUUGAAACUCCCGGCUAUGUGGGUUUUGCCAAUCUACCCAAUCAGGUGCACCGCAAAUCAGUGAAAAAAGGCUUUGAAUUCACUCUUAUGGUUGUGGGCGAAUCUGGUUUGGGCAAGUCAACACUGGUCAACAGUUUGUUUCUCACAGAUCUAUAUCCGGAACGCAUUAUACCCGAUGCCGUGGAGAAACAAAAGCAAACCGUCAAAUUGGAGGCCUCCACUGUGGAGAUUGAGGAACGUGGUGUCAAAUUGCGUUUAACGGUUGUGGACACACCCGGUUUCGGUGAUGCCAUCGAUAACUCGGAUAGUUUUAGUGCCAUUUUGGAAUACAUCGAUGAACAGUAUGAACGUUUCCUGCGCGAUGAAAGUGGUUUGAAUCGUCGCAAUAUUGUCGACAAUCGCAUACAUUGUUGUUUUUAUUUUAUAUCACCAUUUGGCCAUGGUUUGAAACCCCUCGAUGUGGAAUUCAUGAAAAAACUGCAUUCCAAAGUCAAUAUUGUGCCUGUGAUUGCCAAAGCCGAUUGCCUUACGAAAAAGGAAAUUCUGCGUUUAAAGUGUCGCAUUAUGCAAGAAAUUGAAGACCAUGGCAUCAAAAUCUAUCCCUUGCCCGAUUGUGACUCCGACGAGGAUGAAGACUACAAGGAACAGGUGAAACAAUUAAAAGCAGCAGUGCCAUUUGCCGUCUGCGGUGCCAAUACUUUACUGGAGGUGAAGGGUAAAAAAGUUCGAGGACGUUUAUAUCCCUGGGGUGUUGUUGAAGUGGAAAAUCCCGAACACUGCGAUUUUAUUAAGCUGAGGACCAUGCUGAUCACCCACAUGCAAGACCUACAAGAGGUUACCCAGGAAGUACACUAUGAGAACUAUCGUUCCGAUCGUUUAGCCAAGGGCAUUAAAAACAAAGAAAAUGGCAUAAUUAAACCUGAACGUGACUCUAUUGUGCCCACACAAAUUGUUCUAACUGAAAAGGACCGGAUACUGCAGGAAAAGGAAGCUGAACUGAGACGCAUGCAGGAAAUGUUGGCACAAAUGCAAGCCAAAAUGCAAGCGCAACAAUAAGUCUUUAGUUUUCCCAUCUACUACCACCACACCCCCACAUGUGAAGACUAACAAACAAAACACUGACAGACAGACAGACCGACCGACACAUACACAAAACACAGUUUUAUAUCUUUUAGGCAUAGAGACAUUUUUAUUAUAAUUUAACACAAAAAUGAAUGGUGCCGAAUUUCAAAUUAUUCUUCUUUUCUCUUAAAUAUAUAUGUAUGUAUGUAGAAUAUUUUACGUUUCUCUUUGUUUUGUGUACGCGUUUUCAUUUCUUUUAUGGGCAAAAAUUUGUCCUAUAAAACAUCAGAACUCAAAAGAAAAUAUUUGAAAUUCCAAAGCGUUACAAAUAUCUCUCCAUAAUGAUUAUUAUUAAAAUGAAACAUUAUUUAUGUAAGUAUUAUUGAAAUAACAUCAAAAGAAAAAAAGAAUAUAAGCACUUUAAAGUGUAGAUUUAAACGACACUACUUCCAAUCGAAACCAAGAACACAAAGAGGUACGGAAAACAUUAAUUGAAUUAAAAAUUUAAUAUUUUUUGGAGAUACUCGAUUAAGUUUUCAUCUAUAACUCGUUAGCUUCAGGCAUAGGCUGAUGUUAGAAAUGUUUUCAAUUAUCCUAUUUAGUUGUUCCGAACUGAAUUUUGCGGUGAGCCAUUGUAGCUUUGAUUUACUCAUUCUUAGCAGCGAUUAUGACCUUCUCGGGAUAUAUCCUCCAAAAUUAUAUUGAACUAUCACGACUCUCUCCUUGAAGAACAAUUAUUUGACUCUAUUCAAAUUACGAAAAAGGGCUUUGUGGCCCUUUUUCGUCCGUCGCCAUGGUCAGAUUCUGUUUAUCAGAAUCAUCCGGUGCUUUCUUCUUAGAUUCGUUUGAAUAUCAGACAAGAUUGAUCAUUCGUAGAAAAAGAUAUCUCAAUGUUGUCAAACAGCUUGAUCGAUAAGAUAUGGCGGUUUAUACCAAUGACAGGCAGCUUCCAGUUCUAUGAUUAAUGACCCAACCAGACUAUUUUAGAAGAGUUGAGUGUCCAGUUCUUACCUAUUGAAUUCUUGCAGAAGUAAAGUGCAAUAAACCCCUCUUGGGUUCUUCUUGAGCGUUCUUACUCCUCCAGAAUAAUUCCUAAAUUUUUAAGUCACUAUAUGCAGGAUCAGUGUAAUAAAUUGAUGUAACUUAUAUUUUUUGCAGACAUUACGUAUUUGACCCACAAGUGUUGCUGUUCGCCCAUCAAGUUUUUACAAAAUUUUUAAGAAUAGAUUAAAAUUCCGAUCUCUUGAAGUUUUAAAUUUUAUUCUCACCAUAUUUGAAUGAUAAUUGGCGAUUUGUUUUCCAUACUAAAAUGUUGCCUUCGUUGUUCUUCAUUUCAAUUGGAAGUUGUUUAGUUGUUGUUUUAUUAUUUUCCUUUCCUUUGAAAACACCGACUCAAGGCCAGACUCUCACACCCUCCUUACACAACAACAAAUACAUACCACAAUCACACACACCUACAAUAUAAAUUCUAACAAUUUAUAGUGCAUAUUUUUAGGCGUAACUAGGUGACGCAUAUAAAGAAUCACCUAACACCAUAAAAAAAUGAAAGAAAAUAACAAAUAAUGAGGAACUGAAACAAAUCGAAAUUCUUGUUUGUUGAACAAUUGUUAUAUUAGAUUUAACACACAAUAUACACACACAAACUAAAAACUUCUCACAACUAACAAUUGAGACGUAGAAAACAUUUAAUUUCUCAUCGACCUCAGACUUUUCUGUAACACGUCCUAAACCCAAUUCCUAUCAGAGUUAAACUAAUUAAAUUAUAUAUAUGUAUGCUGCUCAACCUACAAUCAAAGUAAUAAAAACUGGAAUUCGAUUAAGAAAACAAAAACUUGUAUACAACAUUGUUUGUUUAAACAGAGAAGAUUAAAUUUUUAAGAAUAACUUUUGGACUUUGAAAAGAGGGACAUUUUUUACUCGUUUCCUGUAGCUAGAGUCUAAUUGUUUGCAACAAAUGAUGCUUAAUACAAAAUUAAACGAAAAAUUGGCCCAAUUUAUAACUCAUAGUUAUAACAUAACCUAAAAAAUAAUUGACUUUAAGCAUCAAUUUUAUGCAAUCUCUUUGUAUUAUAGAAAAACCAAAAUUAUAUUUCACCAAACUAUCAAUUUGGCAUAAUUAUAUGCAUAAUUUUUUGUUUUAUUUGCUAUAAGCUUUUAUAAUUCUAAGCUAUGUUUAUCAACAAAAAAUCUCUUAACUUUUUACAUAUUAAGUACUCUAAAUUUGGCUUUUAAUUAUUUUCGUAAAAAAAGUCAACAUAUUUUAUUGUCUUUUGGUAAAAUUUAUUUUAUUAUUUUUUUUCUCUCAUAUAACAUUAAUAUACCUGUAAUAAUUAUAUCUUAUAUACAUACCAAAACAUAUAUACAAUGUCUUCGUAUAUAGGUAACUAUCAUCCUUUUAAUAUACAUCAACAACAACAACAAUACCCAUAUAUGCUAAUAAUCUUUAUAUAUUGAUAAAAUAUUUAAGAUUUCUUUCUUAUAUAUAAAAAUUAAUUAAAACAAUUAAAUUCUUAUAGUUACUUAAAUGAAAAACAACAACAACAAAAACAAUGAGAACAAAUUAUAUAUUAAAUAUAUGCGCUUUUUUAUACAUAUAAUUAAAA